AGAAUGGUUUAUAAGACAAAGGGAAAGCUAGGAGGUUCAUUCUUUCUCUGAUCUGAGAGCCGCAGAGAGAGAGAGGGAGAGAGAGGAAGAUGAAGAUGAAGAUGAAGAUGAAGAUGGGUUCUGCAACACUGACGCUGCUCGCUAUCGUCUUCAGCUCAGCAUGGACGGCUUCUGCAGGUUAUAAGGUGCCUCCUCCAGUCCUGACCAAGCCUCCUCCAGUCCUGACCAAGCCUCCUCCAGUCCUGACCAAGCCUCCUCCAGUCCUGACCAAGCCUCCUCCAGUCCUGACCAAGCCUCCUCCAUCCCUGACCAAGCCUCCUCCAGUCCUGACCAAGCCUCCUCCAGUCCUGACCAAGCCUCCUCCAUCCCUGACCAAGCCUCCUCCAGUCCUGACCAAGCCUCCUCCAGUCCUGACCAAGCCUCCUCCAGUCCUGACCAAGCCUCCUCCAGUCCUGACCAAGCCUCCUCCAUCCCUGACCAAGCCUCCUCCAUCCCUGACCAAGCCUCCUCCAUCCCUGACCAAGCCUCCUCCAGUCCUGACCAAGCCUCCUCCAGUCCUGACCAAGCCUCCUCCAGUCCUGACCAAGCCUCCUCCAUCCCUGACCAAGCCUCCUCCAGUCCUGACCAAGCCUCCUCCAGUCCUGACCAAGCCUCCUCCAUCCCUGACCAAGCCUCCUCCAGUCCUGACCAAGCCUCCUCCAGUCCUGACCAAGCCUCCUCCAUCCCUGACCAAGCCUCCUCCAGUCCUGACCAAGCCUCCUCCAGUCCUGACCAAGCCUCCUCCAUCCCUGACCAAGCCUCCUCCAUCCCUGACCAAGCCUCCUCCAGUCCUGACCAAGCCUCCUCCAGUCCUGACCAAGCCUCCUCCAGUCCUGACCAAGCCUCCUCCAUCCCUGACCAAGCCUCCUCCUUGUGUAACCUUCACAACUCCAGAUCUACGAACAACCAAGCAUCCAUGCAUCACAAGCCAAUGCAAGCCUCACCCUCCGUGUGAGCAGCUGGACUCACGCACAGUCAUCACGAAAGAUGCGUCAGGAUGCUGCGAUUUACAAGAGUGUGUCUGCCCACCCUGCCCAGAUGAACCUAAAUGUGAUGAAGGAAUCAAACCAACUAUUACAAUGACCCACACACAGUGCUGUCCACAAUAUACAUGCCAAUCAUAUCCGCGACCACCUGUCAACCGACCUCCAAUCAGAACCACGUCCAACAGAGACACAGAGCCCCCUUCCGAUAGAAACACAGAGCCCCCUUCUGACAGAGACACAGAGCCCCAUUCUGACAGAGACACAGAGCCCCAUUCUGACAGAGACACAGAGCCCCAUUCUGACAGAAACACAGAGCCCCAUUCCGACAGAAACACAGAGCCCCAUUCUGACAGAGACACAGAGCCCUCUUCUGACAGAAACACAGAGCCCCCUUCUGACAGAGACACAGAGCCCCAUUCUGACAGAGACACAGAGCCCCAUUCUGACAGAGACACAGAGCCCCAUUCUGACAGAAACACAGAGCCCCAUUCCGACAGAAACACAGAGCCCCAUUCUGACAGAGACACAGAGCCCUCUUCUGACAGAAACACAGAGCCCCAUUCUGACAGAGACACAGAGCCCCAUUCUGACAGAGACACAGAGCCCCCUUCCGACAGAAACACAGAGCCCCCUUUUGACAGAGACACAGAGCCCCAUUCUGACAGAGACACAGAGCCCCAUUCUGACAGAAACACAGAGCCCCCUUCCGACAGAAACACAGAGCCCCAUUCUGACAGAAACACAGAGCCCCAUUCUGACAGAGACACAGAGCCCCCUUCCGACAGAAACACAGAGCCCCCUUCUGACAGAAACACAGAGCCCCCUUCCGACAGAAACACAGAGCCCCCUUCUGACAGAAACACAGAGCCCCCUUCUGACAGAAACACAGAGCCCCCUUCCGACAGAAACACAGAGCCCCCUUCCGACAGAAACACAGAGCCCCCUUCUGACAGAAACACAGAGCCCCCUUCCGACAGAAACACAGAGCCCCCUUCUGACAGAAACACAGAGCCCCCUUCCGACAGAAACACAGAGCCCCCUUCUGACAGAAACACAGAGCCCCCUUCUGACAGAAACACAGAGCCCCCUUCUGACAGAAACACAGAGCCCCCUUCUGACAAAAACACAGAGCCCCCUUCUGACAGAAACACAGAGCCCCCUUCUGACAGAAACACAGAGCCCCCUUCUGACAGAAACACAGAGCCCCCUUCCGACAGAAACACAGAGCCCCCUUCCGACAGAAACACAGAGCCCCCUUCCGACAGAAACACAGAGCCCCCUUCCGACAGAAACACAGAGCCCCCUUCCGACAGAAACACAGAGCCCCCUUCCGACAGAAACACAGAGCCCCCUUCUGACAGAAACACAGAGCCCCCUUCUGACAGAAACACAGAGCCCCCUUCCGACAGAAACACAGAGCCCCCUUCCGACAGAAACACAGAGCCCCCUUCUGACAGAAACACAGAGCCCCCUUCCGACAGAAACACAGAGCCCCCUUCCGACAGAAACACAGAGCCCCCUUCUGACAGAAACACAGAGCCCCAUUCUGACAGAGACACAGAGCCCCAUUCUGACAGAGACACAGAGCCCCCUUCCGACAGAAACACAGAGCCCCCUUUUGACAGAGACACAGAGCCCCAUUCUGACAGAGACACAGAGCCCCAUUCUGACAGAAACACAGAGCCCCCUUCCGACAGAAACACAGAGCCCCAUUCUGACAGAAACACAGAGCCCCAUUCUGACAGAGACACAGAGCCCCCUUCCGACAGAAACACAGAGCCCCCUUCUGACAGAAACACAGAGCCCCCUUCCGACAGAAACACAGAGCCCCCUUCUGACAGAAACACAGAGCCCCCUUCUGACAGAAACACAGAGCCCCCUUCUGACAGAAACACAGAGCCCCCUUCCGACAGAAACACAGAGCCCCCUUCCGACAGAAACACAGAGCCCCCUUCUGACAGAAACACAGAGCCCCCUUCCGACAGAAACACAGAGCCCCCUUCUGACAGAAACACAGAGCCCCCUUCCGACAGAAACACAGAGCCCCCUUCUGACAGAAACACAGAGCCCCCUUCUGACAGAAACACAGAGCCCCCUUCUGACAGAAACACAGAGCCCCCUUCUGACAAAAACACAGAGCCCCCUUCUGACAGAAACACAGAGCCCCCUUCUGACAGAAACACAGAGCCCCCUUCCGACAGAAACACAGAGCCCCCUUCCGACAGAAACACAGAGCCCCCUUCCGACAGAAACACAGAGCCCCCUUCCGACAGAAACACAGAGCCCCCUUCCGACAGAAACACAGAGCCCCCUUCCGACAGAAACACAGAGCCCCCUUCCGACAGAAACACAGAGCCCCCUUCUGACAGAAACACAGAGCCCCCUUCUGACAGAAACACAGAGCCCCCUUCCGACAGAAACACAGAGCCCCCUUCCGACAGAAACACAGAGCCCCCUUCUGACAGAAACACAGAGCCCCCUUCCGACAGAAACACAGAGCCCCCUUCCGACAGAAACACAGAGCCCCCUUCUGACAGAAACACAGAGCCCCCUUCCGACAGAAACACAGAGCCCCCUUCCGACAGAAACACAGAGCCCCCUUCUGACAGAAACACAGAGCCCCCUUCCGACAGAAACACAGAGCCCCCUUCUGACAGAAACACAGAGCCCCCUUCUGACAGAAACACAGAGCCCCCUUCCGACAGAAACACAGAGCCCCCUUCUGACAGAAACACAGAGCCCCCUUCCGACAGAAACACAGAGCCCCCUUCUGACAGAAACACAGAGCCCCCUUCCGACAGAAACACAGAGCCCCCUUCUGACAGAAACACAGAGCCCCCUUCUGACAGAAACACAGAGCCCCCUUCUGACAGAAACACAGAGCCCCCUUCUGACAGAAACACAGAGCCCCCUUCUGAUAGAAACACAGAGCCCCCUUCUGACAGAAACACAGAGCCCCCUUCCGACAGAAACACAGAGCCCCCUUCCGACAGAAACACAGAGCCCUCUUCCGACAGAAACACAGAGCCCCCUUCUGACAGAAACACAGAGCCCCCUUCUGACAAAAACACAGAGCCCCCUUCUGACAGAAACACAGAGCCCCCUUCUGACAGAAACACAGAGCCCCCUUCUGACAGAAACACAGAGCCCCCUUCUGACAGAAACACAGAGCCCCCUUCUGACAGAAACACAGAGCCCCCUUCCGACAGAAACACAGAGCCCCCUUCUGACAGAAACACAGAGCCCCCUUCUGACAGAAACACAGAGCCCCCUUCUGACAGAAACACAGAGCCCCCUUCCGACAGAAACACAGAGACCCCUUCUGACAGAAACACAGAGCCCCCUUCCGACAGAAACACAGAGCCCCCUUCCGACAGAAACACAGAGCCCCCUUCUGACAAAAACACAGAGCCCCCUUCUGAUAGAAACACAGAGCCCCCUUCCGACAGAAACACAGAGCCCCCUUCUGACAGAAACACAGAGCCCCCUUCUGACAAAAACACAGAGCCCCCUUCUGAUAGAAACACAGAGCCCCCUUCUGACAGAAACACAGAGCCCCCUUCUGACAGAAACACAGAGCCCCCUUCUGACAGAAACACAGAGCCCCCUUCUGACAGAAACACAGAGCCCCCUUCUGACAAAAACACAGAGCCCCCUUCUGAUAGAAACACAGAGCCCCCUUCCGACAGAAACACAGAGCCCCCUUCUGACAGAAACACAGAGCCCCCUUCUGACAAAAACACAGAGCCCCCUUCUGAUAGAAACACAGAGCCCCCUUCUGACAGAAACACAGAGCCCCCUUCUGACAGAAACACAGAGCCCCCUUCUGACAGAAACACAGAGCCCCCUUCUGACAGAAACACAGAGCCCCCUUCCGACAGAAACACAGAGCCCCCUUCUGACAGAAACACAGAGCCCCCUUCUGACAGAAACACAGAGCCCCCUUCUGACAAAAACACAGAGCCCCCUUCUGAUAGAAACACAGAGCCCCCUUCUGACAGAAACACAGAGCCCCCUUCUGACAGAAACACAGAGCCCCCUUCCGACAGAAACACAGAGCCCCCUUCCGACAGAAACACAGAGCCCCCUUCUGACAGAAACACAGAGCCCCCUUCCGACAGAAACACAGAGCCCCCUUCCGACAGAAACACAGAGCCCUCUUCCGACAGAAACACAGAGCCCCCUUCUGACAGAAACACAGAGCCCCCUUCUGACAAAAACACAGAGCCCCCUUCUGAUAGAAACACAGAGCCCCCUUCUGACAGAAACACAGAGCCCCCUUCUGACAGAAACACAGAGCCCCCUUCUGACAGAAACACAGAGCCCCCUUCUGACAGAAACACAGAGCCCCCUUCCGACAGAAACACAGAGCCCCCUUCUGACAGAAACACAGAGCCCCCUUCUGACAGAAACACAGAGCCCCCUUCUGACAGAAACACAGAGCCCCCUUCCGACAGAAACACAGAGCCCCCUUCUGACAGAAACACAGAGCCCCCUUCCGACAGAAACACAGAGCCCCCUUCCGACAGAAACACAGAGCCCCCUUCUGACAAAAACACAGAGCCCCCUUCUGACAGAAACACAGAGCCCCCUUCCGACAGAAACACAGAGCCCCCUUCUGACAGAAACACAGAGCCCCCUUCUGACAAAAACACAGAGCCCCCUUCUGAUAGAAACACAGAGCCCCCUUCUGACAGAAACACAGAGCCCCCUUCUGACAGAAACACAGAGCCCCCUUCUGACAGAAACACAGAGCCCCCUUCUGACAGAAACACAGAGCCCCCUUCUGAUAGAAACACAGAGCCCCAUUCUGACAGAAACACAGAGCCCCCUUCCGACAGAAACACAGAGCCCCCUUCCGACAGAAACACAGAGCCCCCUUCCGACAGAAACACAGAGCCCCCUUCCGACAGAAACACAGAGCCCCCUUCUGACAGAAACACAGAGCCCCCUUCUGACAGAAACACAGAGCCCCCUUCCGACAGAAACACAGAGCCCCCUUCUGACAGAAACACAGAGCCCCCUUCCGACAGAAACACAGAGCCCCCUUCUGACAGAAACACAGAGCCCCCUUCUGACAGAAACACAGAGCCCCCUUCUGACAGAAACACAGAGCCCCCUUCUGACAGAAACACAGAGCCCCCUUCUGACAAAAACACAGAGCCCCCUUCUGAUAGAAACACAGAGCCCCCUUCCGACAGAAACACAGAGCCCCCUUCUGACAGAAACACAGAGCCCCCUUCUGACAAAAACACAGAGCCCCCUUCUGAUAGAAACACAGAGCCCCCUUCUGACAGAAACACAGAGCCCCCUUCUGACAGAAACACAGAGCCCCCUUCUGACAGAAACACAGAGCCCCCUUCUGACAGAAACACAGAGCCCCCUUCCGACAGAAACACAGAGCCCCCUUCUGACAGAAACACAGAGCCCCCUUCUGACAAAAACACAGAGCCCCCUUCUGAUAGAAACACAGAGCCCCCUUCUGACAGAAACACAGAGCCCCCUUCUGACAGAAACACAGAGCCCCCUUCCGACAGAAACACAGAGCCCCCUUCCGACAGAAACACAGAGCCCCCUUCUGACAGAAACACAGAGCCCCCUUCUGACAGAAACACAGAGCUCCCUUCUGACAGAAACACAGAGCCCCCUUCCGACAGAAACACAGAGCCCCCUUCUGACAGAAACACAGAGCCCCCUUCCGACAGAAACACAGAACCCCCUUCCGACAGAAACACAGAGCCCCCUUCUGACAGAAACACAGAGCCCCCUUCCGACAGAAACACAGAGCCCCCUUCUGACAGAAACACAGAGCCCCCUUCCGACAGAAACACAGAACCCCCUUCCGACAGAAACACAGAGCCCCCUUCCGACAGAAACACAGAGCCCCCUUCUGACAGAAACACAGAGCCCCCUUCUGACAGAAACACAGAGCCCCCUUCCGACAGAAACACAGAGCCCCCUUCCGACAGAAACACAGAGCCCCCUUCCGAUAGAAACACAGAGCCCCCUUCUGACAGAAACACAGAGCCCCCUUCAGACAGAAACACAGAGCCCCCUUCCGACAGAAACACAGAGCCCCCUUCCGACAGAAACACAGAGCCCCCUUCCGACAGAAACACAGAGCCCCCUUCUGACAGAAACACAGAGCCCCCUUCCGACAGAAACACAGAGCCCCCUUCUGACAGAAACACAGAACCCCCUUCUGACAGAAACACAGAGCCCCCUUCUGACAGAAACACAGAGCCCCCUUCUGACAGAAACACAGAGCCCCCUUCUGACAGAAACACAGAGCCCCCUUCUGACAAAAACACAGAGCCCCCUUCUGACAAAAACACAGAGCCCCCUUCCGACAGAAACACAGAGCCCCCUUCUGACAGAAACACAGAGCCCCCUUCUGACAGAAACACAGAGCCCCCUUCUGACAGAAACACAGAGCCCCCUUUCGACAGAAACACAGAGCCCCCUUCAUACAGAAACACAGAGCCCCCUUCUGACAGAAACACAGAGCCCCCUUCUGACAGAAACACAGAGCCCCCUUCUGAUAGAGUCACAGCCCCCACUUCUGACAGAAUCACAGCCCCCACUACUGACAGAAUCACAGCCCCCACUUCUGACAGAAUCACAUCCCCCACUUCAAAAGGAACCACAGCCCCCACUUCUAACAGAGUCACAGCCCCCACUUCUGAUAGAAUCACAGCCCCCACUACUGAUGGAAUCACAGCCCCCUUCUGACAGAGUCACAGCCCCCACUUCUGAUAGAAUCACAGCCCCCACUUCUGAUAGAGUCACAGCCCCCACUUCUGAUAGAAUCACAGCCCCCACCUCUGACAGAGUCACAGCCCCCACUUCUGACAGAGUCACAGCCCCCACUU